AUUUCUUUAAUCUUGAUUGUUUCUUAUAUACCAGAGAAUUUAACCAUGUUCAGAUUCAUCGGAAGCUUCACCUUUUUAUGGCUUGUCAUGGCAACAACUGCCAUGGCUCAAUCCACAACCAUACUCGACACCAAUGGACAGCCCCUUACAAGCGGCGUAGAAUAUUACGUGCUUCCAGCUGCCACUGAUACUGCUGGUGGUUUAACCUUGGUUAACCGCACCGGCUCAUGCCCUUUCUACGUUGGUCAAGAACCUCUUUCAACUGUAAACUGUUCGAUUUCACAAGGCCUUCCUGUGGGUUUUACGCCAAUGAUGGAGAAUAGUGUCUGUAAGAGAGGAUAUUCCUUCACUGUUUCAUUCUCAGCCUCUACGACUUGUGUUCGAUCCACCGGAUGGAGGUUAGAUAAUGAUGAAGAAGUGUCGAGGACAUUUAUUGUGACAGGAGGAGAUCAAAGCUUCUUUAGAAUUCAAAUUGAUGAUAAUGGUCUCUAUAACUUGAUAUGGUGUCCAGUUUGUGAUAGGCCAAAUUGUCCUAGGUUUAGAUGUUUGGAUGCUAGUAUUUUCUUGGAGAAUGGAAAGAGAUUAUUGAUUGUGGGUGAAGAUCAAGCUUUUCCUUUCCGAUUUAGGAGGGCCAAUUAAUUUCUUUGUUCUCAAGAUAUGGCUUCUUGAUAUAAUCAUAUUGUAGUAUUAGUGAAUAAAUAGAGAAGUCCAUCUCUUGAUUAAUAUUUAUGUAAAAUGUAUUAUGCAUGCAUUUGAUUUCUUAAUUAAAAAACCCUUUUCCUUUUUUA